UGUGGCAAAGCUCUCCCUGGCCUUUCAAAGCAAGAAGACUGCUGUGGAACCGUGGGUACCUCCUGGGGCUUUAACAAAUGCCAGAAAUGCCCCAAGAAGCCAUCUUAUCAUGGAUAUAACCAAAUGAUGGAAUGCCUUCAAGGUUAUAAGCGGGUUAACAACACCUUUUGUCAAGAUAUUAAUGAAUGCCAGCUACAAGGUGUGUGCCCUAAUGGUGAGUGCUUGAAUACCAUGGGCAGCUAUAGAUGUACCUGCAAAAUGGGAUUUGGGCCGGAUCCUACCUUUUCAAGUUGUGUUCCGGAUCCCCCUGUCAUCUCAGAAGAGAAGGGGCCCUGUUACCGCCUUGUCAGUUCCGGAAGGCAGUGUAUGCACCCUCUGUCUGUCCACCUCACCAAGCAGCUCUGCUGUUGUAGCGUGGGCAAGGCCUGGGGCCCACACUGUGAGAAAUGUCCCCUUCCAGGCACAGCUGCUUUUAAGGAAAUCUGUCCUGGUGGAAUGGGUUAUACGGUUUCUGGCGUUCAUAGACGCAGGCCAAUCCAUCACCAUGUAGGUAAAGGACCUGUAUUUGUCAAGCCAAAGAACACUCAACUUGUUGCUAAAAGUACUCAUCCUCCACCUCUCCCAGCCAAGGAAGAGCCAGUGGAGGCCCUGACCUUCUCCCAGGAACACGGGCCAGGAGUGGCGGAGCCUGAAGUGGCAACUGCACCCCCUGAAAAGGAAAUACCUUCACUGGAUCAAGAGAAAACCAGACUUGAGCCUGGUCAACCCCAGCUCUCUCCAGGCAUUUCAACUAUUCAUCUGCAUCCACAGUUUCCAGUAGUGAUUGAAAAGACAUCACCUCCUGUGCCUGUAGAAGUAGCUCCUGAAGUGUCUACAUCAAGUGCCAACCAAGUGAUUGCACCUACUCAAGUAACAGAAAUCAAUGAGUGUACUGUGAACCCCGACAUCUGUGGAGCAGGACACUGCAUUAACCUGCCGGUGAGGUAUACCUGUAUAUGCUACGAGGGUUACAAGUUCAGUGAACAACAGAGGAAAUGUGUUGAUGUUGAUGAAUGUACUCAGGUCCAACACCUCUGUUCCCAGGGACGCUGUGAAAACACAGAGGGAAGUUUCCUGUGUAUUUGCCCAGCAGGAUUUAUGGCCAGUGAGGAGGGUACUGACUGCAUAGAUGUCGACGAGUGCCUGAGGCCGGACAUGUGUGGGGAAGGGCACUGUGUCAAUACCGUGGGGGCCUUUCGGUGUGAAUACUGUGACAGUGGCUACCGCAUGACCCGCAGAGGCCGUUGUGAGGAUAUUGAUGAAUGUUCAACUCCAAGUACCUGUCCAGAUGAGCAGUGUGUGAAUUCUCCUGGAUCUUACCAGUGUGUUCCCUGCACAGAAGGAUUCCGAGGUUGGAAUGGGCAGUGUCUUGAUGUGGAUGAGUGCCUGCAACCAAACGUCUGCACAAAUGGUACUUGUUCCAACCUUGAAGGCUCCUACAUGUGUUCCUGCCACAGGGGCUAUAACCCCACUCCAGACCACAAGCACUGCAAAGAUAUUGAUGAAUGUGAGCAAGAGAAUUUGUGCAUGAAUGGGCAGUGCAGAAACACGGAGGGCUCCUUCAGGUGUACCUGUGGACAGGGGUACCAGCUGUCGGCAGCUAAAGACCAGUGCGAAGAUGUUGAUGAAUGCCAGCACCGUCACCUCUGCAGUCACGGGCAGUGCAGGAACACAGAGGGCUCCUUCCAGUGUGUGUGUGACCAGGGCUACAGAGCAUCUGCGCUGGGAGACCACUGUGAAGAUAUCAAUGAAUGUUUGGAGGACAACAGUGUUUGCCAGGGAGGAGACUGCAUUAAUACUGAAGGCUCAUAUGAUUGUACUUGUCCAGAUGGAUUCCAGCUAAAUGACAAUAAAGGAUGUCAAGAUGUUAAUGAAUGUGAACAGCCAGGGCUCUGUGGGCCUCAUGGGGAGUGUCUAAACACAGACGGUUCUUUUCACUGUGUCUGCGAACAGGGUUUCUCGAUCUCUGCAGAUGGCCAUACAUGUGAAGAUAUUGAUGAAUGUGUAAACAACACUAUUUGUGACAGUCACGGGUUUUGUGACAAUACAGCUGGCUCCUUCCGCUGCCUCUGUUAUCAGGGCUUUCAAGCCCCACAGGAUGGGCAAGGGUGUGUGGAUGUGAACGAAUGUGAACUGCUCAGUGGUGUGUGUGGUGAAGCCUUCUGUGAAAACGUGGAAGGGUCCUUCCUGUGUGUGUGUGCUGAUGAAAACCAGGAGUACAGCCCCAUGACUGGGCAGUGCCGUUCCCGGGCCUCCACAGAGUUAGAUGUAGAUCAACCCACAGAAGAAAAGAAGGAAUGCUACUAUAAUCUAAAUGACGCUAGUCUCUGUGAUAAUGUGCUGGCCCCCAAUGUCACCAAACAAGAAUGCUGCUGCACUUCGGGUGCCGGCUGGGGAGACAACUGUGAGAUCUUCCCCUGCCCGGUCGUGGGGACUGAUGCAGAUGAAUGCCUGCUUUUUGGACAAGAAAUCUGCAAAAAUGGUUUCUGUUUGAACACUCAGCCUGGUUAUGAAUGCUACUGUAAGCAAGGGACAUACUAUGAUCCUGUGAAAUUGCAGUGCUUUGAUAUGGAUGAAUGUCAAGACCCAAACAGUUGUAUCGAUGGCCAGUGUAUUAAUACGGAAGGUUCUUAUAACUGCUUCUGUACCCAUCCAAUGGUCCUGGAUGCUUCAGAAAAAAGAUGUAUACGACCAGCUGAAUCAAAUGAUGACUAUGCCCAGCUGUGUAACAUCCCCGUGACCGGACGCCGGCGGCCAUACGGACGGGAUGCCUUGGUCGACUUUAGUGAACAGUACGCCCCAGAAGCCGAUCCCUACUUCAUUCAGGAUCGUUUUUUAAAUAGCUUUGAGGAGUUACAGGCUGAGGAGUGUGGUAUCCUCAAUGGAUGUGAAAAUGGGCGCUGUGUGAGGGUCCAGGAAGGUUACACCUGUGAUUGCUUUGAUGGGUAUCACCUGGAUAUGGCCAAGAUGACCUGUGUGGAUGUAAAUGAAUGCAAUGAGUUGAACAACCGGAUGUCUCUCUGCAAGAACGCCAAGUGCAUCAACACCGAAGGUUCCUACAAGUGUGUGUGUCUGCCAGGCUACUUACCGUCUGACAAGCCGAACUACUGCACUCCAUUGAAUACCACCUUGAAUUUAGAAAAAGACAGUGACCUGGAGUAAAAGAGAAUCUACAUAACCUAAGCCCAUAUACUCUGCACUGUGUAAAGGAAAAGGGAGAAAUGUAUUAUACUUGAGACAUUGCACCUAACCCAGAACGUUGAAAAUACGAAAACAGCAUGGGGUUGCACAUCCUCCAAAGACAGAGAGAGGAUGAUCUAGAAUGAGCCUGACUGGUGUGACAGACCAAAUGGACAUUUCUCUGAAAAAACAGUAUAUAUAGUCUGUUCAUAUGUAAAAUUCAGUGGAAAAGAGGCAGAACAGUGCUGUUAUUUUAAACAGAAGGUUGUAUUAUUAUGUCGUUUUGUUUUUUACUAUUGCUUGAUUAAAUUUGGCAUUUAAAUAGUGGUGGAAAUAUUUUAUAUAAUUUUCAUUUUUUGGUUGUGUGGUUCCUUGGCUACUGUUUUUCUUUUUUUUUUCUGAUUUAAAAAUAAAUCUCAAGUGCAAAAGUCAUUGAUGGAAUAUUGUUAAACUGUGUUAUAGGUAUUGUUACACAGGGUUAUACUAUUCCUGGUCUGGAGCAUUUUUAAAAUUCAAAUUGUCUGUCCUGUGGAGCAGGCAGUGAUUUUGUCUCAAAAUUUUUAUACACAUUUGGAGAAGAGUACUUUAUAUUUUCAGUGUAUUGUCUGAUUUUAAUGUCCAUUCUUAGCCAAACUGUUAGCAGGUGUCAAUUGGAUCCCUUUCCUUCAUUGAAAUGGAAGAAUUUAUGAGCUUGUAUUAGUAUUGUCAUAUGUAAAGUAAACCCAGCAAAUUUUUUUUGAAAACUUGAUGAUCCCCAAUAUAUUUACCAUUGUAUGUUAAAGCAAAAUAAAUCACCAUUUUUGUAGAAAAGCAUUCUA